AUGGUUCUUCCCAGCGGAGAGCGCAUCUACCGGAUUCCCGCCUGGAUCAAGCGGGUCGUCCAGGAUUUGAACGUUUCGCCCACCUACGACGCAGUAUUCUGGAACCCGCCAGCAAACGAAGUAUAUCAGUUCAAGCACGCGCGGCCCAAGAAGCCCGCGAGCUUGCGCAUCUACGAGGCCCACGUGGGCAUCUCGUCGCCGGAGUCCAAAGUGGCCACAUACAAGGAAUUCACGCAGAACAUGCUGCCUCGCAUCAAAUACCUGGGGUACAACGCAAUCCAGCUCAUGGCCAUCAUGGAGCAUGCCUACUACGCCAGCUUUGGCUACCAAAUUAACAAUUUCUUUGCGGCGAGCAGUCGGUACGGCUCGCCAGAAGACUUGAAGGAGUUGAUCGACACGGCGCAUAGUAUGGGCCUGGUGGUUCUCUUGGACGUGGUCCACAGCCACGCGUCGAAGAACGUGCUGGAUGGACUGAACGAGUUCGAUGGAACGGACCAUCUCUAUUUCCACGCGGGUGGAAAAGGUCGUCAUGAGCUGUGGGACAGUCGGCUGUUCAACUAUGGGAGCCAUGAAGUGCUGCGGUUCCUUCUGAGUAACCUGCGUUUCUGGAUGGAGGAGUACCAGUUUGAUGGAUUCCGUUUUGACGGCGUCACGAGCAUGCUCUACCUGCAUCAUGGCAUCGGAACGUAG